CAGCGCCCGCUAUGUCAUCACUAAGGGACGCAGGGGACUCCCCUCCGGGGGUGGCUACCUAGGGGUGCCGUUGCCAUGGUGAAGCCGGCGCACGCUAGCGGUGCAGUGCAUUGUGGGCCGCGUAGUCCGUGCAGCCCGAGCUGCCGCGGUGCCGCCCGCCGGGGGACUCGGCUUCCCGGUAUACCUCGCGGCGGUGCGCACCCGCCCCCAGCCAUGGCUUUCUCGGGGCUGUACCGCUGGCAGCGCCUCGGUGCCGCGGCCCGGNNNNAGCCAAAGUUCGAUUCUGACAGUGUGGAGCACUGGAUCAAGAGAGUGGAACAAGCCUCUGAGUUUGCUGUUUCUGAAGCUUUUUCCCUUAACAAGUCAGCAUACUGUAAAGGUCUACAUGGUCCUGUGUUGGAUCUGGAAACAACAGAGCAGCUACAGGAUCAUGACGAGGCCUAUGCAGAAGCCCAGGAGCUGCUCAAUGAUUGGAUGAAUUCCAAACUGAGACUGAAGCUGGCGAGUGACAUAGAAGAGGAUGUUGGAGAGUCUGCAGGAGACUCUAAUCCUUCUAAAGUGCCCCUGGCUGACUUUAUGAAGUAUGAGCGGUUUGAUGACUUGUGUGGCUAUCUGGAACAGGAGUUGGAGAGCACUACUGUUCAAGACUUUCUGCACCAUCUUUUACAAAGUGAAAUGGUGGACCAUGGUAUACUGAAAGACCUCCGGAUUGAAGACCUCAAGGAAAAACAAAAACCAAGGGAUCCACGAGUUACUAUGGAGCUUAGACACAAGCAGGUCAAGGAAAACCGCAUAAAGCGUCAGAAGGAGCUAGAGCUCCAGAGGCAAGAGAAGGCCCUGAAGAAAUUAGCUCUGUCUGAGGCUAAACAGCUAGUGCAAGAGGAGAACAGAAGGAAGGACCUGAAGGCGAGGAAGGAAGAGGAGGAGAUCCAGAGAGAGAUGGUGAAGUUGCGGAAGGAAAUGGCAGAGAAGAGGCACAUCAUGGGAGAAGCGCAAAGAAUAGAGAGGCAGAGGCAAAAAUCAGUAAAAACCCAGAAGCUGAUGGUGGCAGAACAGACACCAACCCCCUUGGAUCAGGAGGAAGAGCAAGGAAAAGAAAAACAGAGGAAAGUGAAGGAGUGGCUGACCAGGAUUCAUAUACAGAACCAGCGAUGCCUACAGCAGCAUUUCUCUGCAUGGUUCAAGCUCGUUUUGGAACACAGGAUUAAAAUGGGGAAAGCCAGGGCCCUCGCUGACUGGAAGCGCCAGCUAAAGGUCCUACGAGCCUGGAGAGACUAUACUUGGGCCCAGAAAUUGGAGCAGGAGACUCGGAAGUUGGAGACUCAUCUCAGGGAUCAAAACAGGAAAAAACAGUCUGCCUCUGAGUAUAAUCAGAGACGGGUUUUGCGUUGCUGCUUUGUAGAGUGGCGGUGCUGGAGCCGAGCAGAGGCAGAAAAGAGGGAGCUACAAUGGAGAAAACAGGAGACCAGAAGGAGGAUGGAGCAUCUGCUGGAGGCAGUAUUACUGGGGAAAAUAGGCCCAGAUGGAUCAUCCCAUGUUAGCAGGCCUGGGGCAAGAAAAAUGACCCAAGAUCAACAAAAGAGGCAAGAAAAGGUGACUGAAACACCAUUUCAAGAGGCGCCCAUGACAAGUGUAGAACCUUGUUGUUGGGAGGCUAGCCGGACACCUCAUCUUCAUUCGUGCCAGAAACUCAAGCACCCCAGACCGAUUGCCUUUCAGCAUACUGCUCUGGAUGUGCCAGGCCAGGGUGAGCCCAGCAGUCAAACAGUCCUUCCUACCCAGUGGUCUGCAGCACCUGGGCACAAAAUGGCCUCUGCUGUCAGAGGUCGCUUUGAGCACCGCCAUGCCGUUCAGCAGCAGCUGAUUGAGGAGCAGAAGAGGCAGCUGCAAGAACAGCAGGAGCUGAUCCUUGAACUUCAAGAAGAGCAGAGGCUGAGGAGAGCUAAGGAAGAAGCUGAGCAAGCCACAGCGGUCACCAGGGCACUCAGUAAUCUGGUCCCAAAAGCAGGGGAGGAAAAGCUGAAGCAAUCAAGCUGCAAGAAUAGGGCACCUUUAAGUUCACCUGUCCCUUUGGAACCAGAGAGCCCAAAGCCAGCAGCAGCUCAGAACAAGAGGAACCAGAGCCGGCUGGUCUUGGCCCAUCCCAUACUGAAAGCCAUGGAAGAGAGAGCAAUUCAGCGAGCUGAACGGAGGAGGAAACUGGAAGAGGCAAAGAGAAAGCGAGAGGAGGAAAAACUGGCCCAACUGAAGGCUGAAGAAGAAGAACGUCAGAAAAAGGAGGCUGCAGAAAAAGAGGCCCAGCUGGAGAAAAGGCGAGAAGAGAAGAGGCAGCAGAAACUGAAAGAACUGGAGAAGCAGAGAAGGCUGGAGAGAGAGCAGCAGCUUCAUACACAAGCCAGAACAUAUUAUGAGAAGGUCCUGCUGAGAAAGCUGGGAAUAGAUCCCUGGAAGAGGCUGAGAAAACAAGCCCAGGAAAACAUGGUGGUGGCACAAAGGCACCACUGCUUAGGGCUCCAAAGGAAAUGCCUGCUGGCCUGGCUCCAACACACACAGGAGAUCCUUGCUGGGAAGAUGGCUCGAGCUGAGGAGUUCUGUUCCUGCAUGCUACUCAGAAGGGGCUUCAGGAGCUGGUUAAAGUACAAGGCUUCCCUCUCUAUCCUGGAGGAGAAAGCAAGCAAGUUUCAUGCAGCCUCCUUGAAGAAGUUGUUUUUCUGGGCAUGGUUUGAUCUAGUCAAUGAGGAAAAGACUGCAUUCUGGGAAAAGCAGAAGAUUGCAGCUGAGCACAACAACAGGAGAAUGACUCUGACCAUGUUCCAUGCCUGGAGACAAUACCCAACCCUGAUGAAGGAGGAAAAAGAGAAAGAGGCAAGGAGGGAGCAGCUGCGGCGGAGAGUUGCUGAAAUUCUCCCCGACUUCUGCACAUGACAAACUAGGGCAGAACGGAGACAGAAGAGCGGCUUCUAUGAUGAGCAGAACAAAUGCAAGAGGAAGGCUGUGUCUGUAGGGGGCCAAGCUCAUACAUCCGAGGGACCCAAGCUCUUCCCCAUGUGGGGCAGGAGGGGUGGUAGGCUGAUGGAUAAGCAACCAGAACCUCUUUCUGGUUCUUCUGUUUCCGGACUGAAUGUAACACUGGCAACCAGGCUGUUGGCUUUGCUUUCUACCUUCUGAGCCCCACAAUGGAACAGCAACACCUUGCUUGGUAGGUUGUGAGAUAUUGCGCAGGAUAAAUUCCAGCUGAAAUGCAGUCCACAGGGGGAUUGUUUUUGCUGUAGUUAGACUCUGGCUGUAGAAGUGAGACUCAAACAUCUGCCCUAAGGCAAAGCCAGCCCAGAACCAAAACGUGCUUUUAUAUCCUGGAGCAGAGUCCUAGGUACCUUUCUGUAGCCCAUAUCCUCUAUGAGGUGACACGCUGUGGCUUUAUGCAAAGAUAAAUAAACUGAGUCCUUUGACAAUCCAAGACAGCAGUGUCAUUGAACAGCCCUUGUGCUGUGGAAUAGUGCACAGAACCCAGCCCAUGAGGGACAGCUGCUAAAAACUUGUAGACACAGGGUCUGGGGUGAGGAAAAUGGUACCCUUUAUGACAGCUAACAUAACUGUAUACAUGCCAGCCAGCACUUGUAUAGAAAUUAUGGUAAUUAACUGAGGGUUGACCCUAUAGCCCAGUGCAGUGCUAUGUAGAGGUACCUGAGCUAGCUCUGAACAAGCUGCUUCAGUCCCAGAAGUAAUUUUGCCAUGUCAGAGCAGUGCCGUCUAUACAAGGGCUAGUAUAUAUCCUGGGUGGAGUGUUGUGCUAACGUAGGUAAGACUUCUGGUUCCUCAGGCAGCUUGUUCAAAUUAGCCUGGACUUAAAGAUGCAUAUGGAGGAGGAUUGAGCUAUGAAAGUUUAACACUUAGACCUCUAGCCUAGGACAGGGCAAAUUGCACUUUAAUUCCCCCAGCACAGCUCAUGCUAAAGCUUAGGCUCCCCACUGAGGCUAUAUUUGAGCAUUUUUGCCCUGAACACAGCUGGCCUUUUGUUGAUUAAGGCUUUUGACUAG